AUGCCAGGGAACCUCCUUCCUUCUCAGCCUCAUCUGAUCUCCAACAACUACAACUAUAACUACAACAUGCGAACUUCAUCAUCCUUACCGCAGUCUACUAUAACAUCUGAAGUUUCCUUACUGGAUCUCCCGCCAGAAAUUCAUAUGCAAAUCGCUUCCUUUCUCUCUUACCCAGACGCACUCGCACUGAAACAUACCAGCCGCCAUUUCUACAACAUGGUGUAUACAGGUGUACAUCUCAAAGUCAACUGGCUCGUUGAGCGCUUCGAGCGCAAACUCGAGUGUCCGAUGGAGAAAUGCUCAUUUCGCACUGAUGAAGCUUUCUGCAAUGGCCGGGUUCGUCGCAUAAUGGAACGUCGCCGGUGGCAUCUUGAGUGCCGGCGGGUACCUGGCGGUUGCUGGGUGGUUGAAGGCCAGACUUGUCGGAGGGAUCUAAUACCAUCUUGGUUUAAGAGAAAUCGGGCACAGGAGCGGAUUGAGCAUGGGGUGCGAGAAGCUGUUAUUAUCGUUCUCGUCGCAAUGAUAAUGCAAGUGUUUUGGAUGCUCUUUACAUGGGUCUAUUAUGGCUGGCCGUUGGAUCUACCCUCGAGUCCUUGGCUGAGAGCUGUAGCAUGGAAUCGUUGA